AUGGACCCAGCAGCCAAGGAUGAAACGGAGCCUGCGCUUUCCCCUGGCUCUUCCUGCCCUGGGCCUGAGUGGCCAGAGCAGGAGAGGGCAGAACGGCUGGCCCGGGGUGCCGCGCUGAAGUGGGCCUCAGGCGUCUUCUACCAGCCAGAGCAGCUGGCCAGGCUGAGCCAAUAUCGCGGCCGUGAGGUGCAGCGCACCUCGUCCCUGGAAGCACGCAUCAAGUCAGUGGUGCAGUCGUACCUGGAGGGCGUGCACACUGGUGUGUGGCAGCUGGCCCGGGCCCUUGAGGCUGUGCAGGGAGCCCGGGAGGCCCUGAGCCAGGCCCGUAGUUUGCUCGGGGGCAUGGCUGAGGCUGCGCAGACCCUAGAGCCCCUGCGGGAGCAGGUUGGCCGACACAAGCAACUGCAGGCCCUGUCUCAGCUCUUGCCCCGGCUUCGAGCAGUGCCAGCUGCAGUGGCCCAUACACAGACCCUGAUUGAUGCCCAGCGGUUCCUGGAGGCAUAUGUGAGCCUGCGGGAGUUGGAACAGCUUCGAGAGGAUGCACGGGUACCCCUGGGAGGCCUGGAGUUGCCAGUCUUUGAGGGGCUUGGCCCUCUGACCGAGGCACUGGGUUGGGCUGUGGAGGUGGCAGCAGGGGCUGCGGGGCAGCUGGCACGGGAGGACCCAGCCCUGCUGGUGGCUGCUGUGCGUGUGGCCGAGGUGGAAGCUGGGCGCACAGGCCCCCUUAGGCAACCCUCCCGGGACUGGCGACAGCGGUUUCUGCGGGCACUACAGGAAGGCCUGGAGCGGGUCCACUUUGGGACAUCUCUGCUGCCUGGGCCGGGAGCCCUAGCAGAAUGGCUGGAAACUCUGCGGGUGGCACUGCCAGCCGAGUUGGCCACAGCUGAGGCACUAGUAGCACCCUGCUGCCCGCCAAACUACAAGGUGGUCCAACUAUGGGCCCACACCCUGCAUGGCGGCCUGCGCCGCAGCCUGCAGCAACUCCUCACAGGACAUGAGCUGGGAGCUGCUGAUGCCUUCGCCCUGCUGCACUGGGCACAGCACGUGUACCUGGGGCCAGAAAUGAUGGGGGGCCUGGAGUUGGGGCCUGAUGCUGAUGUGUCCCAGCUGGAGCCCCUGCUGACCUUGGAGAAUGUCGAGCAACUGGAGGCAACAUUUGUGGCCAAAGUCCAGGCAAGUGUGGUCCAGUGGCUGCAGAAGGCACUGGAUGGGGAGGUAGCUGAGUGGGGCUUGGAAAAGGAGCCAGACACAGACCCGUCCGGCUUUUACCACUCACCAAUGCCGGCCAUUGUGCUGCAGAUACUGGAUGAGAACAUUCGUGUGACCAGCCUGGUCGGCGAGUCACUCCAGCGGCGGGUGCAUGGCAUGGCACUGUCAGAACUGGGUGCCUUCUUGAGGAGCUUCAGUGAUUCUCUGAUCCGAUUCUCCCGAAACCACCUCAGGGGCGAAGCAAUAGCUCCUCAUUACAUGUCCUACCUCCUGGCCACACUCAACCACCACACAGCACUCAGGUCGUCCGUGUGCGUCCUGCAGCUCGACGGGAUGGCUUCAGUGGCCUUGGCUCGGGUGGAAGCUGCGCUGGAUGAGUUGCAGAGGAGGAUCUGCCGCCUGGUGCUGGAGGCGUUGCUGGCGGAGCUCCAGCCCCUGUUCGCGGGUCUGCCCUCGCGCCGGUGGCUGUCGAGCCCAGAGCUGCUGGACCGUGUGUGCGAGCGGACUGCGAGCUUCUGCCGGGACUUCUGGCGUGUGCGAAGCCCCGCAGUCCAGCUGCUGCUGGCCGAGGCGGAGCGCACCGUGGUGCUGCAGUACCUACGCGCGCUGAUGCAGCGCCGCUUAGUGUGCCGCGGUGCGGACGAGCGGACCCAGGCCGCCGAGCGCCUGCGGCAUGAUGCCUCACAGCUCCGGGAGCUCUUUCUCGGUUUGGGCCUGGAGGAGAGCGAGCAGUGUGCGCCGGUGCUGCUCGCCCUGCGGGAGCUGCUGAACCUCGACGACCCCACGCUGCUUGGCCUCGAGGUGGCCAGCUUGAGGAGACGAUUUCCAGACUUGAGCGAGGACCAUGUCUCCGCCCUCCUGGACCUGCGCGGGGAUGUGUCCCGAGAGCAGCGCCUGGCUGCACUCAGUUCCCUGCAGGAUGGCCCGCCGCCCUCGCCCGCUGCUGGCCGCCGCGCACUCUUCAGCCUAGUGCCCGCGCCUGCGCCCGCCCUGUCCUCCUGCCUUCCCUCGGGGUCCUGCGCCUGA